UGCUUGACAGCUGCGGGGCCAAUGGAAACCUGCACGCGGCCAGCUGCGCAGAGCCGCCGCAGCCAAUGGAAACAUGGGAUCCGCGGAACCGGGACCGGAUACAGAACGCAGCUCGGCUGCCGGAACGGAGCCGCGGCGGGAGGUCGUUACGGGGAGAGGCGCCGCAAACUUCCGGAUGCGGGAUGCGCCGAGCCUGGAACCAGCGCGGGACACCGCAUCCCUCCGCAUGAGCGCGCGGCGCAGCUCGCAAGAACGAGACAGUCCCACUCCUUUUUCUCGCCUCGCGCCCUCCUCCCAUUCCGCCCCUCCCCAUCCCGCUGUUCCCUCCCCUCCCUCCGCUAAUUUUUUAUGCAUUUUUCUAAACUGUCAUGGCGUUUUCGUGUCCUUGGAAAUAAAAAGCGCCAGUGUGUUCCCGGGCUCACCGGGGAGCGUCUCGCCGGUGAGAGCGUCCGUCCGGACCGGAGCAGAUGCAGAAUCGGGAUAGAAGAUGAAAAUCCUCAAGAAAGACAAGCAGCAGAUGUUCCCCGGCCUCCUGAAGCACAACCAAUCUCCGGCCUCCUCAUCAGCUGCAGCUUGCUCCUCUGACCGAAGCGGCAACACUCCAACUGCACUUCCCACAAUUCCACGGGGGCACCUGGUCGUGGGUCCCAAAGACCAGCUGUGUCUCCUCAGCCCCGUGGGUAGCUCUGCAGGAUCAAACCAUUGCGCCACAGCCAGGGUCAGUGCUGCAAAGCAUUCUGGGCGAGCUCCACCACCAGCCUCCGCCCUGAGUGAGGAGGACGAUGGAGGAGGCGGAGCCAAGGUCAAAAAGAAAAGAAAGAAAAAGGAAAAAGAGCGAGAGAAGGCAGAAGGAGAGCGGACAGACAGCAAACCAAAGAAACGGAAGGAGCAGCAUGAGGGGAUGGUUCUGACGCUCCGGAGGAGCAAGGAGGUGAAGGAGCACAAGGAGCAGAACCAGCGCCGGACCAAGGGGAAGGAUGGACGCAGGGACAGCGGGACGCCGCAGGGAAAAGGGGAAAACAGGAAGAUUCCCCGCCAUGCCGUGGGCCUCGGAUCUACUCCAGGUUCUGUUAAAGUUCCUGGAAAGAGAGGAAGGAAACCGAAGAUCAAAGUUCUUCUUCCUCCUGAUCCCUCAAAACAAGCCCCCCCAGCGCAGGUUCAUGGUGUCAAGAUGACCCAGAACCAUGGAAGGAACCAGAACCAGGCCAGCAGCAACACUGCCACUUUUACCAUGGCAAAGCAGCGAGGGCGCAGGCCCAGGUGGGAGGUCUUUAUGAAAGAACUCACUGCUGCACCACCAGAGAAGAAGAAGAAAGGGAAGAGGAGAAACCAGGAGCCUGCUGUCAGGGAGGGGUUAGAGAGAGAUGACCCCACUUCCACAUCAGCCGUUGGAAUGGGGGGAGAGGACAGCCAGGACCCCCUGGACAAUGCAAAACGGCGUUCAGGACGUCAGGUCAAAAGGAGGAAAUACAAUGAAGACAUGGACUUUAAGGUUGUGGACGAUGAUGGAGAGACGAUUGCAGUCCUAGGAGCCGGCCGCAUAUCGGCGCUAAAUGCUACAGCGCUGGCGUGGCAGGCUGAAGAACCCCCGGAGGAUGAGGCCAACAUCAUUGAGAAGAUUCUGGCUGUCAGAGCAGUCAAGAAAGAGACUUCCUGUACAGACCAAGAAGAAGAAGCAGAAGAGUUUUAUGUCAAAUACAGAAACUUUUCGUACCUGCACUGCAAAUGGGCCACCCUGGUAGAACUGGAGAAGGAUCCAAGAAUUCACCAGAAGAUUAAACGCUUCAGGACCAAACAGGCUCAGAUGAAGCACUUGUUCACAGAGCCCGAUGAAGACUUGUUUAAUCCAGACUAUGUGGAGAUAGACCGCGUGCUGGAGGUGGCCAUUACCACGGACCCUGAAACCUGCGAGGAGGUGACACAUUACCUGGUAAAGUGGUGCAGUCUGUCCUAUGAGGAGGCGACCUGGGAGCUGCAGGAGGACCUGGACCCAGAAAAGAUCAAAGAGUUUGAAGAGAUCCAGAAACUUCCAGCAGACCUGAGACAUGUGGAACGCCCCCCCCCAGAAAAAUGGCAAAAGUUGGAGAUCUCAAGAGAUUACCGGAAUGGGAACCAGCUCAGAGAAUACCAGUUGGAAGGAAUGAACUGGCUGCUCUUCAACUGGUACAACAGAAAAAACUGCAUCCUGGCUGAUGAGAUGGGUUUAGGAAAGACCAUCCAGUCCAUCACCUUCCUGUUCGAGAUCUUCAGCAUGGGAAUCCGGGGGCCCUUCCUCAUCAUCGCCCCCCUCUCCACCAUCACCAACUGGGAGCGGGAGUUUCGGACGUGGACUCACAUGAACGUCAUCGUGUAUCACGGCUCACAGAUCAGCCGACAGAUGAUCCUGCAGUACGAGAUGUUCUACAGGGACUCUCAGGGUAACAGCAUCCCCGGAGGGUUGAAGUUUCAUGGGCUGAUCACCACCUUCGAGAUGAUCAUGACCGACUGUCCGGAGCUGAGGAAGCUGCAGUGGCGCUGCGUGGUGAUUGAUGAAGCUCAUCGGCUGAAGAACAGAAACUGCAAACUGCUGGAGGGUCUCAAACUCAUGAAUCUGGAGCAUAAGGUCCUGCUGACAGGAACUCCGCUGCAGAAUUCAGUGGAAGAACUUUUCAGCCUGUUGAACUUUUUGGAACCACAGCAGUUUCCCUCUGAAGGCGCCUUUCUCGAGGAGUUUGGAGACCUGAAGACAGAUGAACAGGUGAAGAAGCUCCAGUCCAUUCUGAAACCCAUGAUGCUGAGGAGACUGAAAGACGAUGUGGAGAAAAAUCUGGCUCCUAAAGAAGAGACUAUCAUUGAGGUGGAGCUGACAAACAUCCAGAAGAAAUAUUACAGAGCCAUCCUGGAGAAGAACUUCUCCUUCCUCUCCAAAGGAGCAAACCAGCACAACAUGCCAAACCUUAUUAACACCAUGAUGGAGCUGCGCAAGUGCUGCAACCACCCCUACCUUAUUACAGGAGCUGAGGAAAAGAUUCUGGAAAGCUUCAAGAAGAGUCACGCUGCAGACCAGGACUUCCCGCUGCAGGCCAUGAUCCAGGCAGCUGGAAAGCUGGUGCUCAUUGACAAACUGCUGCCCAAACUGUUAGCUGGGGGACACAAGGUCCUCAUCUUCUCCCAGAUGGUUCGCUGUCUGGACAUCCUGGAGGAUUACCUGAUCCAGAGACGUUACACGUAUGAACGCAUCGACGGCCGCGUGCGAGGGAACCUGCGACAGGCAGCUAUAGACCGCUUCUGUAAGCCCGACUCAGACCGCUUCGUGUUCCUGCUCUGCACCAGAGCUGGAGGGCUGGGGAUCAACCUGACUGCCGCCGACACCUGCAUCAUCUUUGACUCGGACUGGAACCCCCAGAAUGAUCUGCAGGCUCAGGCUCGCUGCCAUCGAAUCGGCCAGAGCAAAGCAGUGAAAGUCUACAGACUCAUCACCAGAAACUCAUACGAGAGGGAGAUGUUUGACAAGGCCAGUCUGAAACUGGGACUAGACAAAGCUGUUCUUCAAGAUAUCAACCGUAAAGGAAGCCUCAACGGGGUACAGCAGCUCUCCAAACUCGAGGUGGAGGAUCUCCUGAAAAAAGGAGCUUAUGGAGCUCUGAUGGAUGAAGAAGAUGAGGGCUCCAAGUUCUGUGAGGAGGACAUCGAUCAGAUCCUUCAGAGACGGACUCAGACCAUCACCAUCCAGUCCGAAGGCAAAGGCUCCACUUUUGCUAAGGCUAGUUUUGUCUCGUCUGGCAACAGAACCGACAUUUCACUGGAUGACCCCAACUUUUGGCAGAAAUGGGCCAAGAUUGCUGAAGUGGAGAUUGACUCCAGGUCUGAGAAGGAGUCUUUGGUGAUCGACACUCCCCGCGUCAGGAAGCAGACUCGGCACUACAACUCUUUCGAGGACGACGAGCUGAUGGAGUUCUCUGAGCUGGACAGUGACUCUGAGGAGAGGCCCUGUCGAACUCGUCGCCUAGGAGACCGCAGCAGACGAUACCUCCGAGCAGAGUGUUUUCGGGUGGAGAAGAACCUGCUGAUCUUUGGUUGGGGUCGGUGGAAAGACAUUUUAAAUCACGGUCGCUUUAAGUGGCACCUGACUGAGAGAGACAUGGAGAUCAUCUGCAGGGCUCUGCUGGUUUAUUGUCUGAAACACUACAAAGGUGACGACAAGAUCAAAAGCUUCAUCUGGGACCUGAUUGCUCCCAGCAAAGAGGGUCAGGACCAGGCGCUGCUCAAUCACUCCGGUUUGUCCUCUCCAGUUCCUCGGGGCAGGAAGGGGAAGAAGCUGAAGAACCAGCUGACCGUUCCUGAGCAGAAGAACGCCGACUGGUUGGUUCACUGCAACCCGGAGAUGGUUCUACAGGACGAGAGCUACAAGAAGCACCUGAAGCAACACUGCAACAAGGUGCUGCUGAGGGUCCGGAUGCUGUACUACCUGAAGGUGGAGGUUUUGGGUGAUGCUGCUGCUCAGGCUCUGGAAGGAACACCUGCCAGUCAAAUGGAUUUUUCGCUGCCAGACAUCGACUACAUGGAGAUUCCAGCUGCAUGGUGGGAUGCCGAGGCUGACAAGUCUCUCCUCAUCGGAGUCCAUAAACACGGAUAUGAGCGCUACCACGCCAUGCGGGCGGAUCCAGACCUGUGUUUCCUGGAGAGGGUUGGGAUGCCGGAUGUCACAGCGCUGUCUGCUGAGCAGGGAGGAGGGGAGGGCUCGUCUGAAGUGACUGACAGUGGCUGCAAAGUUCAAGAGGUCAAGGACAACCCAGAAAGCAAAGCUGACGGAGGAGAAGAGCGGGAAGACGGCAGAAAGUCAGAGGAGACCUGCUCCAGCACCGAUACCUCAGACAAACCAGACAGCACAGGUACAGAUUCUCAGGUAUCCGCUGACCUCUGCAACCAGGAUGGUCCUCUGGUAACCACGACAGCAACAGGGACGGGGACGGGGGUGGCAGUGCUGCAGGUCAUCCAGGCCCGGCCCGUGUGGCCCUCUGGUCCCGCCCUGACCGCUCGCCUUCGGCGCCUGAUCACAGCCUACCAGCGAUUCACUCUGCGCCGUGAGCCGCUUUUGAGGCACGACUUCCUGCUUCACGACGGCCUGGUGGGCAUGCCAAUGGGAGGAGGCGGAGCCAGCCAUGGUCAUCACUCUGGUGGGCCUCUGGCCUGGCAGCUGGGAGAGGAGCUAAGGAGAUGCUCUGUGGCCUCCACAGAUGCAGACCCUCUGUUCCUGGAGUGGCAGAGAAGGUGGACGCGCCGUGAGCAGGCAGACUUUUACCGCACCGUGUCUUCAUUCGGGGUGGUGUAUGACCCUGAGAGGAAAGCGUUCGACUGGUCCCAGUUCAGAGCUCUGGCCCGACUGGAGAGGAAGACAGACGAGAGUUUGGAGCGAUACUUCAACUCUUUUGUCAACAUGUGCAGGACGGCCUGUAAGCUCCCACCCAGGAAGGAAGAAGGGCUGGGGGAGGCCGGCGUGUUUGUGGAGUCUCUGACGGAGGAGAGGGCUGCGCGGACUCUCUACCGCAUCGAGCUGCUGCGCAAAGUCAGAGAGCAGGUGCUCCGUCACCCACUGCUGUCGGCCCGCCUGCAGCUGUGCCGCCCCUCCCUUUACCUCCCAGUGUGGUGGGAGCCGGGCAAACAUGACCGCGACCUCCUGAUGGGAGCUGCACGCCACGGCCUGAACCGCACCGACUUCUACAUCCUGAACGACCCCCAGCUGAGUUUCCUAGAAGCUCAUAGGAACUAUGUCAGAGGACAACCCGCCCACCUGCACCCCCAGAGCCACCAGCACACUCCACCCCCGGGCCUCUCGCCCUCGUUAUCACAGCUGCCUCACUGCUGUCUGUACGAUUCUGGUCAACUUUCCCCUCAGCCCCCGGAGUAUCCGCACUCUGCGCCCUCCUCUGCUGCACACCCUCACCCCCCCUCCCCUCCACUGGAUGCUCAGGACUCACCUGCUCAGAGCCCCGGCGUGGUCCCGGAGCCGCGCGUGGACUUCCUGGACUGCACAGCGCUGGAGGAGCCUCUGGAGCUGGGCGCUCUGCAGCACGACUCGCUGCACGGAGGGAAAGCCUCCAAAGACGCUCUGAACGGGUUUCCUUUCAACUCUGCAGCAGCUGCUCAGAGCAUGCUCAACUCCUACACCGUGGGGGGGGCAGACCUGGACUCCAAGCUAAGAAGUGACGUUCUGGUCGGAGAGCAGGGCUCGUCUGAGGAGACCGGGCUGAUGGCUCCGUCCGUGGAGCUGAACCCGUUACAGGCGCCCUGGGAAGGAGCAGAUCACAGCAGUCCUGCCGAGCACAUGUUCCAUGAGUCAGACUCCAUCCUGGGACCUUCGACUCUGGAAACGGGCUUCCUAGAGGAGGAGGAGGACGAUGAGGAUCAGGGUAGAAACCCCGCUGCUGAAGAGGGGGGGUCACUAGAAGAGUGUUUGGGUCUUCCUCCUUCGUCUCCUCCAUCCCAUCCUUCAACCGGAGACUCAGUGGAGCCGCUGUCCUCCACUUACAUUCUCUUCAAGGACAUUGCAGUGAAUGAGGACGCUAACGCUGAUCAAGCAGAUCUGACAUCUCUCACGCACCCUCCCUUGUCUUUGGGGGACAUCACCGAGCAGCAGGAUGGGCUGAGCAGCUCUGACGUCUGCCGGAGUCUGACCAACGCUGGGGAGAACCCAGAGGAGCGGGAAGGAACCGGCGGGUUUCAGUUUGAUGAGAAUGAAGAACAAGAAAAGAGUGAAGAACAGGAAGAAUGUCGAUCACAGGAAGACCAAAAUGGGGUUGUCCUGACUCCAUCAGUGGAGGAAUUAAAGCUGAAGCCAGUGGAAAAGCCGGAGUGUGUUCGGCAUCCUGAUGGCAGCCCCUUCCUUGGGAAACUGGAGCGGGAUGGUAGCCUGGUUUGUCCUGAGUCCUCUGGAGAGCCUCAGGAGGAGGUGGAGAGGCUGGUUCUGUAUCAGUCAAUGGAGAAUUCUCCGGACGCUGAAGCCCUCUUGCGUGAACCAGCCAAAGAGUUUCUGCAAAUGAAGGACAUUCCUGGGAGUCUGAGGGAGAAAGGUGGGCCAUGCAGCCCAGAUCCUGCAGAUCAAGCAGGAGGUCACGCUGACCUGUCUGCAGCGAUACAAACUCAUACAGGAGUGACGGAAAAGAUUAUAAAACAACUGAAAGCCAAAUCCAAUGAGGUGGGCUUUGAGAACAUGUCCUCGGAGUUUGUGCAGCCCCCCAGUCCUUCUGCCUUUGUCUCAAAACAAUCAAAUGGUGCUAAAAGUGCAGAAAAUGGGGAUGAAGCCAACAAAGAAGCCCUCACAGACCACGGACACCAGAGUUUUCCUGGAGACCGUGAAGCUUUGACUUUGUCUCUUCAUCAGGAGAGCAAAUACAACCUCCUGGUUUGUCCUGCUCUACCUGCAAACACUGCAGGGCCAUCCAACUUUAAACCUUCUCUUCAGACAGACAACAACCAGAAGAAACCCAGUCUUCUGGCAGUAAGAGUGAAGGUGGAAGACACAAAAAUGGAGAGCUAUGAAGACUUUCUCCCAGCGAGCUCUGAGAGGAAACAUGCUCAUUUUCUUCCUUACCCUAUAAAAGCUGAAUCAUCUGUUAACAAACCUGAACUGAAGGCUAAACUAGAAGAUUUCAACAUCUCCAAACACAAGAGCUUUGACUCCAAACCCGAAGACCUUCCCUUUGUGACAUACUCAGAUGGCAGGGGGGGCGACAUCAAACUAUCGGCUAUGAGCUUCUCCUCCUAUUUGGAUGGUGCCAAGGUGAAGACAGAAGACAAGCCGGAGAGUUUCAGCUCAGCUGCACUCCAUGAAGCAUCUGCCAUCAAGCCUGAACUGAAAAUGGAGACUCUGGAGUACAGCGCCUUCCCAGACAGCUCAGAUGCCAAAGCUGAGAUGAGGACAGAGAGCAGUGAAUAUCCGCCUCAGUCUGGGGUGAAAGCUAAGCUGAAGCAGGAGACGUUAGAGGCCGACAGCACAGUACUGACACCCAAGUUUGAGCUGCCAGACGGAGAGGCUGAAGCUGAAGAGGAUCCUGUGGAGAAAGCCCCCCUGAAGGCAGAAGGGUCAUGCACUCCAGAAGCUUUGGUGGAUGACUAUUCCAACAGCCUCAGGUUUUCUCUUCCGGUUUCCAUCUGCGAGAUUCCCAACAGCCUUUAUGAAAGCAGGGAGCCGACCAUCGCCCAGCUCCUGCAGGAGAAAGCGCUGUACUCCUUCUCUGAGUGGCCAAAGGACCGGGUCAUCAUCAACCGCUUAGACAGCAUCUGCCAGACCAUCCUGAAGGGGAAGUGGCCUUCAUCCAGCGAGCAGUACGACUCCCCGGGCUCUGUGGCAUCCAGCGCCUGCCUGGCCACCAGCUUAGCUCAGCACCACCAACACCGAUCCGGUUACCUGGCUGCCUCCGGCUCUACCUCUGCUCAGGCCCGGAUCCCUGCUGGACUGGGCUUUUCCAUCCCUCCCCCCCUCACAAGACUUCCAAAGUGUGUGCCGCGGGGCGGCGCUUGCGGGCGCGGAGCUUGGCGCCUCACUUCCUUGCCUCUCUUACAGGAGAGGCUUGUGGCUCCGCCAUUCCUCCCAGAGCUCAAGAGAGCAGGAAGUCGCAGGGCGUUUGAUUACGAAGCUGCUGCUGCCGCCAUCCCUUCGGGGAAGCCAGUCUCACCGCGCCACACUGCAAGCCCUUCCAGCUCCGCUCAAGAGGGCGUCGCAGGUGCAGCUCCGCCCUCUAACCGCUCAGGAUCCAUGUUGAUGAACGGAUGGCAAGAAGCAGCCAUUGACCUGACCAAGUCUGGAGAAAUAAGCACCACCAACCCUAUGGGGGCAAAUGAAGCUGCAACGAAUCCCCGCAGCAGCAGCCACAAGCUGCCCCCUCCGCCCCCCAUCGCCGCACCUCUGCCGGGCUCGGCUGGGAUCGACAUCUCCAGGAUCCUGCAGGCCGGCCUCAUUCAUCCUGUCACCGGAGAGAUCGUGAACGGGAGCCUGAGGGGGGACGACUCCCUGAAAAAGAGGAGAGGGAGGAGGAGAAACGUAGAAGCUCUCUAUUCCGAAUUCACCAAGAGCCGAGGACUGCAGGUCCUGGAAACACAGGGCCGGGCAGACGCCAUCAGCCACUCCACCAUUUCUUCUUCCACCUCCUCUCCAUCCCCUUCCCCAUGUCAUGCCACCUCCUCCUCUACUACCUCCACCCCCACACAGACCCCCUCUCAGCCGGAGAUUGUAGCCCUGGACAGAGACACUGCUGGGAAAGGUCUGAUGGAAUGGCUUCGGCAGAACCCAGGCUACAGCAUGGACCUGCCCACCUUCGCUCAGCAGUCUGGAGCUGUGCUGCUGCAUGGUUUAGUUGAGCGGCCCAAGCAGAGGAGGCAUCGCUGCAAAGACCCCACCAAGCUGGACAUCAACUCUCUGACGGGAGAGGAAAGAGUCCCGGUGGUUCACCGAGGCUCCGGACGCAGGCUGGGGGGCGCUAUGGCUCCCACCAUAAAGGAGCUUUCCAGGUGGCUGGAUGCAAACUCGGAGUACUGUGUGGCUCCAGACUGGUCUGAUGUGGUCAAACACUCUGGCUUCCUCCCUGAAGGGAAAUUCUCACGGAUUCUUACAGAACCGGUCAGCAAAGAUGCAACUUCUCGUCGCCGUGGACGACGGCCUCGCAGUGACAUGCCCAAACCUCUCCUCUCGGUGUCGGAGUCCUCAGCUGGCCUCGGGCCUCCGCUCUACAUGAACGGAGGUCUGAUGGGCAGCAUGGACUCCAUGGUGGCCAUCCAGAACCUGGGGGGGAGUAUUCCCGGGAUUCCCAUCUCUGGAAUAAUGGCAGCUGGUUUCCCACACAGUUUUUCCGCAGGAGGCGCCAGAUCGUCGGCAGAGGACGCAAAGAACAGCUUGAGCAUGUUACCCAUGAUGCUGCAUAGCAUCCCACAUCCCCAUGGAGCCGCCAUCCCACAGCACGCCUUGUUUGGCGUUGGUACAAUGAUGGCGCACCCACCUCCUCACCUCAGCUCCCCCUCCAACCUAACAGGGUCCUGUUCUUCUCCCUCCAUGUCUGUGGUUACCACGACAACAUCCACUGCUGAGACCUCCAGCCCGUCCUCCACAGUGCCUGCUGAUGCAGACGGCACCUCCUCUUUAGCAUCCAGAGGGGAAAAAGAGACCAGCGGAGAGGAGAAAGUAGCAGAGGCCACCAGCCUACCAGCAGGAGGCGAGGGAGCAGCUGCCGUCUCCUCCACCAACAGAACCCACCAUAGCUCGGCUCAUCUGGGCGCUGGCAGCGGCAGCCACCUCACCUUCAACCCCUUCCUGAUCCCAGGAAUGUCUCACGGCCUCCUGUACCCACAUAUGUUCCUGCCGCACGGCGGCAUCGUGGCACUUCCUGCUAUGCCCCCCAGUGGUGCAAACGGCUCCCCGAGCAGCCCCAAAAGGAGGCGGAAGAGAGCAAAGGAGGUGGGGGAGAAAGAUGAGGAGGCAGAGCGCGAAAAGGCUGACGGAGACUCCCAGGAGAAGGACAGUACGCUUCUGGCUUCUGGCUUCUCCCAUCCUUCUGGCUCCACCUCCUCGCCGUCCGGUCCAGCGGAGGAGAACCAGUCCGGAUCAGAGUGUGCAGAGGAAAGGCCCUCAGACUCCGACAACCCUCCAGAGGAGGCAGCAUCAGCAGAGGAUCAGAAAUGUCCAGAGUGAGUGGAGGCUUCCCCCAGCAGAGCAGCAGACUGUUGUCAUGGAAACCAUUUCAUUCAGUCUCGUCAUGUUUUUAAACCAAGACUCCCCCAUAGUCAAGUCGCUGUCUCCUGGGGGGACGGAGUCGCCCCCAUUCCACAUCUCAACUGUGUGGGGGGGGCUUCUCAGGCGGCUCCUGCCCACAUGUCCGGGGGGGGCUGGAGGAGGAGCUUCAGUCUGUGGUGCGUUUGCUUGGAAAGACAGUGAAGUUGCUGAGGCAAAUGUUUUUCCCAUCAGAAGAUAGGACUUCACUGAACUUGUUUUGUAUCGUGCAAUGUCUGAGAAAUCAGGAAGAGCAUUCCCAGACGUUUGAACUCCAACGCAAAGAAGAUCUACGUUUUCAAUCCUUCAGUUACCAUGCAGCAAAACUGACAAGACAUCUGGAAUGAUGGGAGUCAGUCUCCAUGCUUUAGAUUGUGUCAUCCAUGUUUUUGUAUUAUUGUUGCUCCUGCAUACUCCGAACAACUGCUCCUCAUUUCAGUUGUCCCCAAAAGCAAAGAACAAUCAUGACUUCACUGUAAACUUGGUAGAUCAUGUGUUUGUUUUUCUUUUAGCCACAAAGUCACUUUGAGAGAUUCUCCUUCAGUGGCUGGGUCCAGAGGACAGCCUUGUUGAAGCUCAGUUUGGCCACCGGGGGGCAGUAGCAGACAGAUCUGAAUGUAUGCUGUCUCGCAAACACUGGGUGGAAAUGAGGGAUUGUGGGUGGCAGCGGUUCAUGUUUGCUCAUGAUGACGGCACUCCACCUGUUCAGUCCACACUAAGAAUUUCUUAGUAUUUCAAUCGUUUGAAAUGCCCCAUGGUCCCCGUGUUCAUGUCUUCUAUGGGGAGUUCAAUACUUGAUGUGUGAGAGUUGUGUCAUACAGACUGAAAUGAUCCAAGUCGAGGCAUUAACUCCGUCUUCUAACAGGGUGCAAAUUUUGGCGGGGGUGAUGUUAAAAGAACACUUUAGUUUUUUUCAUUGGUGAAAACAUUCUUUUUGCACAGCGUCUUUGUGUGUAUGAGUGUGUGUGAUGCUGGGAGGCAGAGUGAGCUCGUCCUCAUUCCAACAGCUCACGUCUUGAUGGGGAGAAGAACACAUUGUUGUUGCCUUGUCACAAUUUUGUGGCUCGAUAUAAUUUAUUAUAAUUUGCUUUUGCCAAACUUUCACCAAACAUGACUCUCCUCAUAGUUUUUUUUUUUUUUUUUUUUUUUAACAAAAAAUGCCUUAAUUUAAUCUGUUUUUGUCUGGAUGGUCUGUUGAGUUGUUCUGUUCUGGUCACGUGUGUUAUCUGGUUAAUUGAAGGCACAGCUGUCCAAAUGAGAUCAAAAUUGUAAACGUUGUUGAAUCCCCUGCAAAAGCACAAACAAGGUUCUGUGAGUGCCUCUAAAGUUCCUGUAGAUUUUCUUUCACAUCUUUCAUGCACUCACAUCACA